AUGCUUCUAAGGCAAAAAUUAAUGUUCUUGAGGAUCUUAAUUUUGAUAUCUUCAAAUUGGGACAGUGUCGACAGAAAGUGCAUUAUCAAUGGAUUCAAUAAAGCAGGAUUUUCAAUAUCGGAGAAGGAGAGCACUGUUGCUUUGGAAGAAGGUAGCGUGUCUGAAGUUGAGGAUCUUCCGGAAAUCGAUGAUGCAUACAUCGACUGUGACACAGAUAUCAUUACUUCAGAAAUUCCUUCCAUAAGUGAUUUAAUGCCUGAUUCCGACGAUAGUGCUGAUGACGAUGAAAUAACAGAAGACGUGCCAACAGCUGAUCAAGCAACACAAAGCAUAAAAACUCUAAAACAAUUUUUACUUGCAAAUGUGUAA